AUGUCUUCCUCCAACUCUGCGGCCGCCGUCUACGGCGGCGACGAAAUCAACGCCAUCGUGUUGGACCCCGGGUCGCACACGACCCGCAUCGGCUACGCCGGCGACGACCUCCCCCGCGUCGUGGCGCCGGCGUGGUAUGCGCUUGACGAGGACGGCACGCGCCUGUUUGGCGGCAGCGUCGACUUCCCCAAGGCCGGGCGGCAGGUGCGGCCGCUCAUGCGCGAGGGCUUGGUGUGUGACUGGGACGCCGCGGCGGCGCACUUCCGCCACCACUUCGACGGCCCGAUGGCGCUCGCGUACGCGGAGCAGCCGCUCCUCGUGACGGAGCCCGUGUGGGCGCCGGCGAAACACCGGCAGCGCAUGGUGGAGACGCUCUACGAGGAGUUCGGCUUCCCCGCGGUGUACUUGGCCAAGACGCCCACGUGCGUGUCGUUCCAGCAGGGCCGGCCGAGCUGCUUGGUGGUGGACGUGGGCCACGACUCGGCCAGCGUGGUGCCGGUGGUGGACGGCAUGUGCUUGCUCAAGCACUCCAUGCGCACGGGCUACGCGGGCCGCUUCUUGAACGACCACGUGGCGGACACGCUCGCGGCGCGGUUCCCGGGCGUGGACCUCCUGCCGCAGCACCGCGUGCUCCGCAAGACGCCCGUGGUGUACCCGGCCGCGGCGCGCUUCGAGCCGCGGGUGUGGCCGGGGCCGGUGGCGCCGUCGUUCGACGAGUACCAGCGGCAGCGGGUUUUCUGCGAGUUCAAGGAGCUCAUGCUCGAGGCCGGCAGAGCAGACAACUCAGGCACAGACCCCGCCGACACGCGAGACACGCCGGACGCAUCCGACGCGGACGCCUUGGAGCGCACCAUGGAGUUGCCCGCGGGCCAGACCGUGGCCGUGGCGCGCGACCGCCUCGCCCUCGCGGACGCGUUGUUCGAGCCGGCGCUCCACCCGUUCCACGACGCCGCGUACGCCGCGCGGCACCCCGCGUGCAACGGCGAGAUGGCCCUCAGCAGCCCCUACGACGACUACCGGCCCACGAAGCGUGCGCGCAAGCCGGACACGGGCCCGCACACGCCACUGCCGGCUGCCGGCGGCGGUCCACAGCCCGAGCGCGGGUUGGCGCAGCUCGUGGCGCACGCGCUCGCGUCCGUGGACGUGGACUUGCGCACGGCGCUCGCGCACAACGUGGUGGUCACGGGCGGCACGUCGCUCGUGCCGCGCUUGACCGAGCGGCUCAGCGCGGAGUUGCAGGCCGCGCACCCGGGCUUGAAGGUGCGGCUCCACGCGCCGGGCAGCGCGGCCGAGCGCACGGGCCAGGCCUGGCUCGGCGGCAGCGUGCUCGCGUCCUUGGGCGCGUUCCACCAGAUGUGGGUCAGCAAGGCCGAGUACGACGAGGCGGGCGCGGAGCGCAUCUUGACCCAGCGCUUCCGCUGA